GGAUCAAGCCUAACCCCACGACCACCAUUACCACCAUUUAUAUCGUUUCUGUAUCCUCUUGUACGCGCAGAAUUCUCUGCACCUCCAUGCCAGAAAGCCUCCUGUCUGCCACUUCUUAUACCCUAUAUGCCUAUUUUCCUCAUUUCCUUUGUUUGUCGUAUAAAAUGGAAGAUUUUUCCUACACCCUUUUACCUCUCUGUUUUCUACUUUAUCUCGCAUUGACUGCGUAAGCUUCCCGAUUAUUCUUUUGAAGCAGUAUAUAUAUCACAGGGAUUUUAAGGAAAAGGCAAGCCAAAACGGUCUUAAUCCGUGCGUGCAAUUCAACAGCCUGACUAUAUAUGUAAUCACUUGCGACCAUUAGAAAACAUAACUGCCUCUACUGUAGCCACAGGAAUUCAAACCCAAUGUCACUUUCCUGUGCAAAAAACUUCUUCCGGAGGUUCUGGGUUGAUGAAUUCCAAAUGGGAAGUUUUGCACAUAGCAGCUUUCUGUCUAACGAUCUCCUGCCAUCCCUUGGAGCCCGAAUCAACCAAGAAACUAGACUACGAAGAUACAUAAUCUCCCCUUUCAACCCCUGGUAUAGGACUUGGGAGAUGUUACUGAUUAUUCUGGUCAUCUACUCAGCCUGGAUUUGCCCCUUUGAGUUUGCCUUUCUUCCUUACAAGCAAGAUGCAUUAUUUAUCAUCGACAACACUGUCAAUGGCUUCUUUGCCAUUGACAUCGUCCUGACAUUCUUUGUUGCAUAUCUAGAUAGCCACUCUUACCUUCUUGUUGACGAUCACAAGAAAAUUGCAGCAAGGUACCUCUCCUCCUGGUUCAUUUUUGAUGUCUGCUCAACGGCACCAUUUCAGUCCAUCAGCCUACUCUUCACUAAACAUAGUGGCGAGCUCGGCUUUAAACUGCUUAACAUGCUUCGCUUAUGGCGUCUGAGACGCGUGAGCUUUCUGUUUGCAAGGCUUGAGAAAGACAUCCGCUUCAAUUAUUUCUGGACAAGGUGCACAAAGCUCAUUUCUGUAACCUUGUUUGCAGUGCACUGUGCCGGGUGCUUUAACUAUCUGCUUGCAGAUAGGUACCCUGAUUCUAAAAAGACCUGGAUUGGUGCUGUGUACCCAAAUUAUAAAGAACUAAGUCUCUGGGACAGAUAUGUGACUUCAAUAUAUUGGUCCAUUGUCACACUUACAACUACUGGGUACGGGGACUUGCAUGCUGAAAACACAGGGGAGAUGCUGUUUGAUAUCUUCUACAUGCUGUUCAACUUGGGAUUAACGUCAUAUAUUAUUGGAAACAUGACAAACCUUGUAGUCCACUGGACCAGCCGCACCAGAAAUUUUAGAGACACAGUAAGAGCAGCUUCAGAAUUUGCUUCAAGAAACCAUUUGCCCCAUCAUAUACAAGAUCAAAUGUUGUCGCACUUGUGUUUGAAAUUUAAAACGGAAGGAUUGAAGCAACAAGAAACACUAAAUGGUCUGCCUAAGGCGAUUCGUUCAAGCAUUGCAUACCAUCUAUUUUUUCCCAUACUGCAGAAGGUCUACCUCUUCCAAGGAGUUUCUCAUGACCUUCUUUUCCAACUGGUUUCAGAAAUAGAAGCAGAAUAUUUCCCACCCAAGGAAGAAGUGAUCCUGCAAAACGAGUCUCCAACAGACCUUUAUGUACUGGUUUCAGGGGCGGUGGAUAUUAUUCGCUACAUUGAUGGACGAGAUCAAGUUCUUGGCAAGGCAAUUGGAGGAGAUACAUUUGGUGAGAUCGGGGUUUUAUACAACAGACCACAGCCUUUCACAAUUCGGACAGUAGAGCUUUCUCAAGUAUUAAGACUUGGCAGAAUUUCCUUAAUGAAUGCCGUACAAGCAGCCCCAGAAGAUGCACAAAUUAUAAGGAAUAACCUUUUCAUGAGAUUUAGGGGACAAGGCCUGGGUUCUGAAUAUGUCCAUGAAAUGCUUUAUGGAACAAGAAAAGGAGGCUUUGCUAAAAAUUCAAAUGGAAAUUCCAUAGUGAAUGAAGGAGAAUACAAAGAUUUUACAGAGUCGGACGAUGCUAUUCAUGCUGCUGCAAAGGACAGUCAACAAAAUAUGGUUGAAAUUUUGCUCCAGAGAGACACAAAUGUAAAGAACCCAAAUUCCCAACCAUGGACACCGAAAGUUCCCAUAGAGCAGCAACAAAACAAGAGCAUUUCUGACCUCUUUAUCAGUGGUGAAAAUAGGAGGAAAUCAGAUAAAUAUAGAAUAGAGUUGGCGGCUAGGAAUGAUCUAACCAGAACCAGAAGCCAUGAUGGUCUUGGCCCCAUCGGCUUUCCAAUAGAAAAAGCAUACCCAACCACUUAUUCAGGAAAUACCAAUGGCCUAGGUGAUAUAGAAAUGGCAAAAUGCACGAAAAAGAGAGUUACCAUCCACCUGAUCUGUGAACACUGUAGUACUGCACAGGGGCAUGGGAAAUUGAUACUUUUGCCUGAUUCUUUAGAAGAGCUGCUCAAGGUUGCUGGUCACAAAUUUGAAGGCUCCAAACCUACAAAUGUCGUUACUGCACAAAAUGCAGAGAUAGAUGACAUAAGUGUCAUUCAAGAUGGUGAUAAUCUCUUUCUUCUUUGCAGUGAUAGAGAACAUUUGAGUUCAUGAUGUUACCAAUGGAGUUAAAAUUGCAUAGCACGUUACCGCUAGGAAGGUAAUGAUAUAGUAAUAUUAACGAUACCAUGCAGGAGCAAAAUAUCAUGAAAUCAAAGAGCUCCAUUUCAAAAGCUUCUCAUUUUCAUUGCUGGAAAAAGUUUUACAAUUUUUUCAGUAUUAGGGAGCUUGCAUGUCUAAGAAGAAUAAUUUGUGUAUAAUCAAAAUGAAAGAAGCGCAAAUGAAAUUACUGAUGUAUUGCACGAUUCGGACAUUUAAUGGCUUACAAGCAGAAGUACGCUUGCUUCUUGUAUGCAUACAUGAGUGACAUCAAAGAAGCAUCUUAUUGUACUGCUGCGGUUUGGGUUGCUAAAA